UAUUUUUCAUUGUCUGUUAGGCUUUUUACUUCUCCCGUGAUGACGUGGCUCUCCAAGGAUUCUCAAAGUUCUUCAAGGAGAACAGCGAGGAGGAACGUGAGCAUGGCGACAAGCUCAUGUCUUUCCAAAAUAAGAGAGGGGGACGCAUCUCUCUACAGGACAUCAAGAAACCAGAGAGAGAUGAGUGGGGCAGCGGGCUGGAGGCCAUGAGGUGUGCCCUGCAGCUGGAGAAGAACGUCAACCAGGCCCUUCUCGACCUCCACAAGGUGGCAUCUGAUAAAGGAGACCCACAUCUGUGUGACUUCCUGGAGACCCACUACCUGAAUGAGCAGGUGGAGGCCAUCAAGAAGCUGGGAGACCACAUCACCAACCUCACCAAGAUGGACGCCCACAACAACAAGAUGGCCGAGUACCUGUUCGACAAGCACACCCUGUGCUAAACUUCAGAUCAUUAGGACCUUCAGAUUCCUGGAAAAUGCCACCCGUUUAUAGUGCUAUUUUUAACUUAUAUAUUUACCUGUAUACCAUUCCCUGAAUGUUUUAAUGGUUUGAUGUUACUGAGUGAUGUGUUGUCAUCUGGAUUGUUAUAUUGGUGGUAUGCUAUAGUGUGUUUUACUCAAUACACAUUUUGAGCUGCAGCCUUUUUGGCAUUUAUUG